CAUGUAUCCCAGAAAUUCUCCGCGCUAAGGUGCGCUGUCUCUUCUCAAAUCUCAAUUCUCAUCUUUUAAGUUUUACGCCUUCCCUUAAUUGUUGUUGACAGAGAAACAAAAAGGAAAGACCAAACCCUUUCUCUGUUUACUAUAUCAUUUUCGUUCAAUUUUUUCAACAAAAAACAGAAAUAAAUCUUGAGUUUUGAGUGUUUUAUAUUACAAUCGACCAUCCGUUCUUCAUCUUUUUUAUCUUUCGAUUCAUCUUUUACUAUAAGAUACCAGUUUAUCAGAUCUGCCAUCUUCAGUUCGAUCAGCUGGACUUGAAUACUCUUCGAGUGUGUGCUUCACUUGAAGAGGGUUAGUGCUCUUCUAGGUGAAAAUGAAGAAGGCAUUCAGGGACAUUAAGAGAGGAGUAAAUAAGAAAGUUCUUAAAGUUCCUUCAAUAGAACAAAAGGUUCUUGAUGCUACCAGCAACGAGCCAUGGGGUCCUCAUGGAACUCAUCUUAUUGAUAUUGCACAGGCUUCAAGAAACUACCAUGAAUACCAAAUGAUCAUGUCAGUAGUUUGGAAGCGCCUCAGUGAUACUGGAAAGAACUGGCGCCAUGUGUUCAAGGGUUUAACGGUUCUUGAGUAUUUGGUGAUAAACGGAUCGGAACGUGUCAUUGAAGAUAUCAGAGAACAUGCAAACCAAAUAACUGCGUUGGCUUCUUUUCAAUAUAUUGAUUCAACGGGGAGGGAUCAAGGGAGCAAUAUAAGGAAGAAGUCUCAGAUUCUUGUUGCCCUCGUGAAUGAUAAAGAGAAACUACAAGAAGCAAGAGAGAAGGCAAAUGCCAGCAGGGACAAUAGAUUCCGUAAUACAUCGGGAGAUGAAGGGCGUUUUGGUAAUAGAGAAGAAGAUCGUAAUGGUUAUGGGAGAGAAAGAGAAUGGGGUGAUGAUGAAUAUCGUGGAAGAAGUAGAAGCAAUGAUGGUGAUUAUGGCACAAGAAGUCAAAGCUCUGAUAGAGAGAGGGAUCGAUCAUUUGAAGAUGAUGGUCAUCGUUCUUCUAGAGGAAGCAGUGCUAGAGUUGAGGAUGCUUCUCCGGAUGGAAGGGGGCUUGAACCAAAGUUAUCUGGACAAAAUGUUGGUGGGCCUCCUAGUUAUGAAGAUGCUGUGAGUGAUGGUCAUAGCCCUGUUGAUACCAAGAGGAAUGGAGAAACUGCAACAUCAUCACCUCAGGUGAACAUUAACCAUCAAGAAAUUCCGGCAGCAGCUGCUCCACCACCACCAGCUGCCGCCGCCACACCACCUCCAGUUACCACUACGCCGCCACCACCUGCAGUGACAGUCAACAAUGAAAACGACGGGUUUGACUUUUUUGAUCCCCGUGGUGCUGCUCCUGCUCCUGCUCUUGCCGUUGCCCUUGCUCCGCAAGCAUCAGGUGGCGGAGAGAUGGAGGAUUUAUUUGGUUCUCUAUCGGAGUCUUUCUCUUCUUCAAAUGCAUUGGCUCUUGUAACAUCUACUUCAUCUAUAACCACUGAAGUUCAUCCUCCAGCAAAUACUAAUCCUUAUCUCACCUUCGACACCUCAUCGACAAGUCAGGCAUUUGAUGAUCCGUUUGGUGAUGGUCCUUUUAAAGCUGUUCCUUCUACUGAUGGAUUUUCGGCUCAACCACCAACAUCACCCUUCACUACAACUGCUGAACCACCAUCAUUUUCAGUUGACCCAAUGUCAGGGUCAGGGGGAUUUGGGGAUACGUUUGAUUUUGAUUCAACUGUUGACAUUUUAGCUGAUAUACUGCCUCCACCUGGACCCUCACAAACUGCUUUUCCUUCUCAAAAUGGUCAAACAUCUAGUUUUUCAGCAGAACCUAACCAGACCACAUUUCCUUCGAGUUUUUCAACCCCAUUUGGCCAACCACCUACUUUUUCGUCCCAAGGUCAAGGUGGUCAACCUUUUCAACCUCAAGCUGCCCAAUCUAUGCCACACCCAGCUUUUCCACCUCAAGGUGUCCAGCAGCAGCAGUCUAUGCCACAGUCAGCUUUUCAACUUCCAGGUGGACACCAGUCUAUGCCACAGUCAGCUUCUCAACUUCCAGGUGUCCAGCAGCAGCAGCCUAUGCCACAGUCAGCUUUUCAACUUCCAGGUGGCCACCAGUCAGCUUUUCAAAGUCCAGGUGUCCAGCAGUCUAUGCCACAGUCAGCACCUUUACCACUCCAAGGUGGCCAGCAGUCUAUGCCACAGUCAGCAGCUUUUCAACUUCCAGGUGGCCAGCAGUCUAUUAUGCCACAGUCAGCUUUACAAGUCCAAGGUGGCCAACAGUCUAUACCACAGCCAAGUUUUCCAGCUCAAGGUGGUCAAUAUGCAUCACAACCAGGUUUUCCAGGUCAUGGUGGUCAAUAUGCACCACAACCAGGUUUUCCAGGUCAGGGUGGCCAGUCUGUACCCCAAAGCAGCAGCCAAAAUGGUGGUUUUUCUUCUCAGUUGGGUGGUGUCAGUGUCUCAGGGGCAGGGGCCAAUGGUCAAUCCGUGUUGCACCCUGGUUUUCCAGCUCAGGGCGGCCAGUCUGGUUUUCCGUCACAGGGUGGCCAAUUGAUGUUGCAAGCUCAAGCUCAGGGCAGCCAGUCUCUAUUGCAGCCUGGUUUUGUGGCUCAGGGUGGCCAAAAUGCAUCUCUUGGUGUUGGUGGUUUUCCUUCAAAUGGUCAACUUGCUCAGCCAAAUGUCUCACAGCCACAACCAGUGUUUACCAAUUCCAAUGGUCAUGCUCAGUCAAACAACUUGUUUGGGGGUUUCCAGCCACACAGUUCUUCUGCUUCAAUGGCGCCCUUAUCACAAGUCACACCUACACCCACACCCACACCUGCCCCACAAUACAACCCUUCAAAUUUCUAUCAACCACAACAACCACCAGCUCUGACUACUUCAACAGGUGCUCUUGCUCUAGUACCACAACAACCAACGGAUAAAAAGUUUGAGACCAAAUCAACAGUCUGGGCUGAUACAUUGAACCGAGGCCUUGUCAACUUGAACAUAUCUGGAGCUAAAACAAACCCAUUAUCCGACAUUGGAAUCGACUUUGAAGCCAUAAACCGUAAGGAAAAGAGGAUGGAAAAACCAAGCCAAACCCCAGUCGUUUCAAAUGUCUCCAUGGGUAAGGCCAUGGGUUCCGGUUCUGGAAUGGGACGUGCUGGUGCUGGUUCUGUUCUAAGACCCACACCAAACCCCAUGAUGGGUGCACCCACUGGCUUUAACCAGCCCAUGGGAAUGAACCCUAUGCCUCCUCAGAAUAUGGGAAUGAACAUGGGUCAAGGAUUUCAGAUGCAGCAAGGGUAUCCUCCUGGCUCAGCCAUGCCUGCAAAUUAUAAUAAUAAUCCAAUGAUGGGUAGAGGUGCUGCUGGAUAUGCUCCACAACCUUAUGGUGGUUACAGAUAAGAUUUUCAGCCAUACCCCAACCCCAACCCCAACCCCAUUAUGUUAUUGUGAUAUAUAAGAAUUCUUUCACUUUGUAAUUUUGUUAUGAGUUUCUUUUCUUGUAAUGUUCAUUUACAUUAUUCAGGUUUUUGUCUCAUUACAUAUAGCUUUCUGUAUACCAUCAAGGACAGCUAGUCUCAGGUUGCAUCUUUUUUAUACAUUUAAAACAUUUUUUUUUGGUUUCUUGUUGAUUCUUGAACCAUGUAAUGCCUAGUUGCAAACAAUAAACAUUAGGAUUCACUAUUGUUUUUAA